GGCCCGCGCCCGCCUCGCCUCGCCUCGUCUGCCCGGCGCGCACCGGCAGUCCACCCGGCCCCAGCCGCCGCCCGGCCGGCCCUGCCGCAGCAGCACGAUGAAUGAUUUUGGAAUCAAGAAUAUGGACCAGGUAGCCCCCGUGGCUAACAGUUUUCGAGGGACGCUCAAGCGCCAGCCGGCCUUCGACACCUUUGAUGGGUCCCUAUUUGCGGUUUUCCCCUCUCUAAAUGAAGAGCAAACACUCCAAGAAGUGCCCACAGGCUUGGAUUCUAUUUCUCAUGACUCGGCCAGCUGCUUCGAGCUGCCUCUGCUGACGCCCUGCAGCAAGGCGGUGAUGAGUCAGGCCCUAACAGCCACCUUCAGCGGCUUCCAGAAGGAGCGUCGGCGUCUUGGCAUUCCAAAGAACCCCUGGCUGUGGAGCGAGCGGCAGGUGUGCCAGUGGCUCCUGUGGGCCACCAGCGAGUUCAGCCUGGUGAACGUGAACCUGCAGAGGCUCGGCAUGAGCGGCCAGGUGCUGUGCAACCUGGGCAAGGAGCGUUUCCUGGAGCUGGCCCCGGACUUUGUGGGCGACAUUCUCUGGGAGCACCUGGAGCAGAUGAUCAAAGAAACCCAAGAAAAGACAGAAGAUCAGUAUGAAGAAAAUUCACACCUCAAUUCAGUUCCUCAAUGGAUUAACAGCAACACCUUAGGUUUCRGUGUGGAGCAGGCUCCGUUCUCAGUGCAGACGCAGAAUUACCCCAAAGGCGGCCUCCUGGACAGCACGUGUCCCUCGUCUGUGGCUCCYGGCGUGCUCAGUUCCGAGCAGGACUUCCAGAUGUUCCCCAAGUCACAGCUCAACACCGUCAGUGUCAACUACUGUCCUGUGGGUCAGGACUUCCCAGGCUCCAACUUGAAUCUGCUCACCAGCAGCUCUGGGAAGCCCAAGGACCACGACUCCCCCGAGACUGGUGCGGACAGCUUCGAGAGCUCGGACUCACUGCUGCGGUCCUGGAGCAGCCAGUCCUCCCUGCUGGACGUGCAACGGGUUCCUUCCUUCGAGAGCUUCGAGGACGACUGCAGCCAGUCUCUCUGCCUCAGCAAGCCGACCAUGUCCUUCAAGGACUACAUCCAGGAGAGGAGCGACCCGGCYGAGCAGGGCAAGCCGGUCAUACCUGCCGCCGUCCUGGCCGGCUUCACAGGAAGUGGGCCCAUCCAGCUGUGGCAGUUYCUCCUGGAGCUGCUUUCCGACAAGUCUUGCCAGUCCUUCAUCAGCUGGACCGGGGACGGCUGGGAGUUCAAGCUUGCGGACCCGGAUGAGGUGGCCCGCCGGUGGGGGAAGAGGAAAAAUAAGCCCAAGAUGAACUACGAGAAGCUGAGCCGAGGCCURCGCUACUAUUACGACAAGAACAUCAUCCACAAGACAUCGGGCAAGCGCUACGUGUACCGCUUCGUGUGCGACCUCCAGAACYUGCUGGGGUUCACGCCCGAGGAACUGCACGCCAUCCUGGGCGUCCAGCCGGACACAGAGGACUGAGGUCUCUGGCGCCGCCCUGAGCCACCCCGGGCCUGGGACUGUGAGCGGGAAGCCCAGCCUGACCAGCUGAUCCCCAGACCCAGAAAGGCAAGGUUGAACCUGUCCCUGUCCAGAAAGGUCACCGAGAAGCCRUGGCCUUAUUUGAUCCCAGAUCCUGCCUGUUCAGCAGGGUGCCCCUGGUGGCCGAGUGGCCCGCAGCUGGGCAGGAACGACUUUAAUGAACGUGGUAGAGAUGGAGGCGCAGGGGCCACCCUGACUCCGCAUGGCCAUGUGGCAGGGAGUCUGUUCAGGAUUCCCCGGGGAGUGACCGGGUGUGGAAACACGGACAUUAAGUGGUGUUUUGGCCUGUUGCAACCGGAGCAGAGACCCUCUCUGUCAGAGAGGGCUGGGAGGGAGGGAGCCUGGGACCACGCCAUUUCAGAAGACAGUUUGUGUAUAUUAUUGUAAUCUUAUAAUUGUUAUCAAAAUCCUCUAACAGUUCUAUUUAACAGAAAUUGUAUAUUGUAAUUUAAAAUAAUUAUAUGACUGUAUUUGAGAUAAGAAUGCAGACAUCCAAUAUUUUAUUCCAUUUUUUCAAUAGCACAUGCGUCCGGCAUUUUACAAAGACGCUCUCUGCCCCCGUGGCAGACGGAGGCGUUGUGAGUGUGGAUUAUGUUCAUCUGAUAGACCUACAGGAACAAGGUCUCAGGGGUAAUCCCUGGUUUUCGUCCUCUUAUUGUUGGUUUUUUGUUUUGGUUUUGCCAUGAUGACUAUCUUGGCAAGGACUUUGUACACUUGGAUUUUUAUAAGAAACUUCAUGUCAUUAUCCUGGGGUACCAUGGACCUCUCUGCUUUUUCCUUGAAUUGUAAAGCAAAAGCUAUAAAGCAGUAUUUUUCUUGACAAAUGGCAUAUGUUUUCCACUUCUGUGCAUGCCUUAAAGCCGUUUAUAYACAAAUGUAUUUUAUUUUUUGGUGUAACCGUGUUUUCCCGACAGCUCACCUCUCCUGGCCAAACUUUUCCUUCCUGUGCCCCGAGUGACUCUGUGUGAUUAAAAUAAGAAAACUA